UUGACCUCCAUAAUUCGAGUUUACCUUCAACUCCAUCUCUAGUCUUAUCAACAAGAAGAAUAUCAUCAACCAAUAGCAUACACCAAGGAACAUUCUCUUGCAAACUAUUUCACUUAAUUGAUCAACAAAAUUCUAUCCAAUUUUCAUUCACAUGGCCUUUAAAUAUGUAAGUUUGUUACAAUUUACAUAAAGCCCCUUCAAACUCUCAAAAUGCAGAAAUAAUACAUGAAUAGUUAAAAUAAUUCUAUUAAAAUACUAAUUAAUCACUUGGAGGAGAUUAGCACUUGAUGAUCCAAUUAAGCUCUUAUUAACGGUCCUCUUUACAUCCUCGUGGGCCCAAAGUUGGGUAAGCAGCCCACUAACUUCUUCUCCACCUUCGUGACUUUGUGUGCGUGUAGGAUUUCCAACGGUAACUUGAAUAGGACUUCCUUAACCGUUAAUUUGAUAUGUAUCAUUUGUGAUUAUUGAAAUCUUCUAUAUGUGUAGGUAUUGGUUGUAUGCAGCAGUCAACUGCAAAUGUUUGGUUGUUACCAAUGACGAGAUGAGAGAUCACUUGUUUGCACUACUUGGAAAGAGCUUUUUUCCAAGAUGGAAAGAAAAACACCAGCCGUCAAAGAAUCCAAUACUGGAAAACAUGGAUGCUGAUCUCCGGUUGGAGUCCCAUGAUGUUUGGCAUCCUCCACCUCUAGAUUGGAUAAAGUUCAAUGUGGAUGCUUCCCUUAUGGAAUCAUAUAAUGCGGGUAUUGGAGUUAUUAUUAGAAAUCACAAGGGGCGGUUUCUUCGUGCGUUUGGUAAGCAGUUGAGGCAUUGGGAUGUAGCUACUCUUGAGCUACAGUCUAUUCUCUUACUUAGAGAGCAAUUGCAAAGGUGGAUGCUACAAUACAAGGGUGUAAUUAUUGAAGGAGACAAUGCUAAUGUGAUUAAGUGGUUUCAUGAAUCCUUGAAGAAGGUGAAAUGA